AUCCUUGGCAAAUUUACACUUAAAUGAACAAUUUGAUUUGUCUGGCGUUUCUUCAAUGAAAACUGAGUUGUUUAAAGCUUAUAAAGAAGGACAACCAUUUCCUGUUUUGUGUGUUUUGGAGUAUUUUUCAUUGGGUCAAGAUGCGUUUUCGUGGGGAAAUCAAUUUAGAAAAGCUGGGUAUUAUACAAAAGCUUUACUUUGGUUUACUUUUGGAUGUUGGUUAUUACAAUUUAUUUUACUUCCAUUUCUUCCACAUUAUUUUGCUAAAACUGGACUUUUAAUUGGAUUUUUAAUUCUUUUGUCUAACAUGCUUUAUAUUUUACUUUCUCCAAAUGAUUUACAUAUUGCAUUUCCGUCACCAAAUGGUCAUUCCAACUUUACACAAUUUCGGUUAAUUUUUAAUAAAAACUCCAAAAUUCUGAAAAAUAAUUUAAGAAUUCAGAUUUGGAAUUUGUUUUUGGAUGAAUGUUGUUGCUGGUAA